AUGUCUUCCUCCCCGCGAGAAGACCUUGACGCUUCCCUUCGUGCGACGGCGGGCGUCGUUUCCGUUCUGCGCACCUUGGAACUGGGUCUCGAGCUUGGCAAACCUUCUCAUCAAGCUCGUGUUGGAUCCCAAAUUCAAUACAACUACCGAAGGACGCACAUACAUACUUUGGAUGCCAUCGCCACCGUUCUUGCCACCGAAAACGCGAGAAUAGCGGUCACAUUCGCUGGACCAUUCUUGCAGGACGACACGUUGACUGUGGAGUUGGCUGCUUGCAGUGCUCCAAAUGUUUCUCAUCAAAACAAGGCGGAAUCGAUAGACGGUUGUGCUGAAGUCUCACUAGAGAGUUCCCGGUGCUCGAUAGAGACAAUGGCUGGUGAUUCGUUGGACGUGGUAUGGAGAACUGGCCGCUCCCUGCCCCUUCAACAUCACAUUCACACAUUGAACGAAAGUGUGGACUCUUUCCUGUCGUCGCCAGACGAAAAAGCUCGUAUGAAAGUCUGGAAGCGAGUCAUGAAGUAUGUUAUUGCUUCAAGCUGCCGCAAGAUGCAUCGUCGGGUCACAUCUUCAUUCUCCUUAACAUUUCUCAACAAUAUCUUGGCACUUCCCAAACCCUCAUCUAUCAGCGCUCCUUUUCGCCAACCUCGGUGUCCUGACGGCUUCCAAAAAGCAAGAGAUCUUCUUUUCCUCGCCAGGUUCCAUGAUCCCGUGUUUGUCCGCAAGCUUGGCUCCCUUCAAUUUCCGAAUUUGACGAAAUUGGGGCACGCUGUCUUUUCCAAACCAUCUGCACUUUUCACACUUUAUAACCAACGGACAUGCGAUGAGAUACAUGGCCUCCUUUGCUUCCUCAUCGGCCCCGAUGGAUUUGUCGGUCGUCUUGACAGACUCGUUGCACUGAUGGAAGACCACUCCCAAGCCAUUCGUGAUUCCCCCUCUGAAUCCGUUACAGCCUCUCCCGAACUGUCCAAGGCGUGCUCGUCCGUCACGACGUUAGGGAUGGUUCUCCGCGACCUCAUAUAUUCUUCCGCGUUUGAGGAGCACACAACUCGCAUGUUGCCACACCUCCAAAUAUCAUUACCGGGUCUGAAGGACUCGAAAUCCGCCGAGGGGAAGGAGGGGAACAUUCUGGAUGAAGAUGAAGCAGAAGCUGAGCUGCUCAACAUCUAUUUCAACCUUGAUGUUCAGCAAAUCUAUAUCAAGUGGGCCCAGCUGCAAGUUUCCUUCUUCGAGGCGCUGUACACCAUUCGUGCAGCCCUUGGAGAUAUAUUAAAUUCAGCUGUGAAGGGUGGUCGUAAAUGCAAGGUCUCCAUCAAAACUUUGAUAACACCGCCCUGGCAGUGUGGGAGUGAAGGGGGCGAGUUACGAAUAGACACCUGGCGCCGGGUCUUUCAAGACUGCUUACCCUCCGUGGCCACCGAUUACAGCGGCGACUUCAGCAGUAGCAACGCCAUCAAACUCUUCGAACAUUUGCUUGAGGAAGGUGCACUCCUCGACGAGCUUGGGGAUAACAGCCCACUUUCUAAAGGAGUUGCGACUUUUUACGGUCGUGUUCAUUCCGAGGCGUGCUUAGCAAGUCUCAUGCACAGGCCAGACUCUAACGGGUGGGACCAGUUGUUCGUUUACGUGCCGCAGCAUUGUACUUCCAGUGCCAUUGGGUUAUCUCAAUCAUGCUGCAACAUUUGCAGUGCAUUCUUGAGCACUCUCAACGGCCAUGAGGGACGGAAAAUCAAAGUUCGUCCUCCGCAAAAGGUCAGCGGGCCACCAUGUAACCUGCCGCCUUGGGUGCCCGACCAUCUAGUCACGGAGACGCUGCUACAUCUUCGCAGAGAGGUUUUCUGCAGCCUCCAGGCAUUCUUCACUCACCAUAUAUCCAGCCCUUACGCUUCAGAUGCCUCUGGCGCUGGUUUAUCUGACGAUGACUCCUCGCCCGAGUUUGAUUCGGAUGACUCUUGA